CCAAUAGGAGUUUGUAUAAUUUACACGCCCACUGGCGGGAAAAUUGUACAUAACAGUAGGAAAAUCGAGAGAAAUUUAAAUUUUGUAACUUUCCGAAAAGUUGAAGAUGUCAACAAUAAUAAAGGAAAACUUUCAUACCAAUAAGAAGUUAAUCGAUAAUUCUUUAAUUAUUUUAGAUCCUUCCGAAUUAUAUCGCCCAGAACAUAAAAAAACAGAAAAAUUCAGAGUUUUUUCUAAUAAUAAGAAUGAUCCAAUUCAAAGAAGAGUCAGAGAAACUUACAGGAAAAUGCAUAAUAACCAAACUGUUGAUUUUGUACGAGACAGACUGGCAUACUGGACAAAAUUUGACAAAUACGAAAUGACAAUUAUGGAUGCAUUAAUGAAAUUAAACGUUUUGAUAGACGAAAGUGAUCCGGACAUCGACCUGCCAAACAUAUUUCACGCUUUUCAGACUGCAGAAAAAAUUCGUAAAGCGCAUCCGAAUCACGAUUGGUUUCAUUUAAUAGGUUUGAUCCACGAUUUAGGAAAAGUUAUGGCUCUCUAUGGAGAACCACAAUGGGCAGUCGUUGGAGAUACUUUUCCAGUUGGAUGCGCUCCCGCAGAUUCAGUCGUUUAUAAGUCUGUCACUUUUGAAAACAAUCCUGACAUGAAAGAUUCCAGAUAUAACACCAAAUUUGGCAUGUACAAAGAGAAUUGUGGACUCGAUAAUGUAUUAAUGUCUUGGGGACACGAUGAAUAUAUGUAUAGAGUUUUAUUGAAUCAUGGCACUGCUCUACCCGAAGAAGCUCUGAGUAUAAUUCGAUUUCAUUCAUUUUAUCCGUGGCACACUAGUGAAGACUAUUAUCAUCUUUGUAAUAAUAAGGAUAUUACCAUAUUGAAGUGGGUUCAGGAAUUUAAUAAGUUUGAUCUAUAUUCAAAGUCACAAGAAAUUCCGGAUGUAAAAGCUUUGACACCCUAUUACCAAUCAUUAAUCGAUAAAUAUAUUCCAGGUUUAGUAAAGUGGUAAAAAAGUUAAAACAAAUAAGAGUUUAUUGACAGGAAUAAUAGAUCUGAUUCGAUGUUAUUUAAUCACUAUGUGAUUUUGAUCUUAUAUAUGCAUAACAAUCUUUUUUUUUUUAAUUUACCACGUGUUAAUUUAGAACUCUGAAUUCUAACAGUUAUCUGUAUAUAAAUUAUAUUUUAUAUUGAAUGUUUUCAUCGAUAUUAAUAAUUAAUAAUAAUAUUAAUUAAUAAUAAUUGAUAUUAAUAAUAAUAUAAAUUCCAAUGUUUGUUGAUCGCCAAACAAUCUUUGCAUACGUAUUUGUUUGUAGAGAACUAAUAGUAAUAAUAAGUAAUAAAGACUCUUCAAUAAAAGCUAAAGAUUUUAUCUUUAUAGAACAUUUUAUUGCAAAUAUCUCAGAUAAUCCUCCAUUAGUCCAAAACAAUGAUCUUUUGGAAUUAAUUUUUUCAUGCACAUUAUUGAUUCGAUUUUUCUCGAUAGAGUCACGAUUUAAGUUCUGAGUUUACUAGUCCAUCUGAUAGACGUAUUAUUCUAUCAAUAUGAGCAGUAUGGCAUGGAAUAUUAUUUUGUUGAUAAAAGCAUGGGUCAGCUCCAAACUAUGCCAAAACAUAAGUAAGAUAUAACUGUACAGGACGGCUAACGAAAUCUUGGUAUUCAUGAUUUUGUCCUAAACAACUAAUGGUCCAAGGCCAAUUAUGAACACCCGGUUAAAAUGGCAGCCUACCACUCUGGGGGACUCGGGAUCGAAUCCGGAGGAGUCGAAAACCCAGGAAUAUUUGGGGGUUGAUUCGUCCGAUAUGUCGGGCCCCAUUUUUUAUCAUUUUUUAUCAUUCGGCCGCCCCACUGUGGACUGGCCGAGCCCAUAAAAAGGUUGCUAAAAGAAAAGCCCUCUUAGUGUCCACAGGACGGAGAGUUUAAAAAAAGGCCAAAGUAUGAAAAUCAGUCCCAGAUCACCACACUAGAGAUAUUAAUCGGGAAAUAUAUCACUUGAUAAACUCAAAAAUAUCAGUAUAAUAGUGAUAUAUUUUUCGAUUACCUCAAAAAGUUUGAUUCGAUAUAUUUCAAUAAGAAUAAUUUUAUUUAAUGUAGUGUUUUUCAAUCUUUUUCUAAUAGUGACACCACAACUUGGGACUUUUUGUCUUGCGGCAUCUUUACUUCUUUAUUAGAGUUAUUGCGCUUUUAGUAGCGUUAGUAAUACAUCUGGAAAGUAUUAUGGCAUAGCUCAGCACUAUACUUCGAGGCACUCCUAGUGUCUUUGCGCAUUACUGGUCUAACGUCAAUAAUAUGUUCAAAAUAUUAUUAUAACAUGAUCAAAUUUAUAAAUGUGCAUAGUUCCGUAAUAAAAUAAAAUCUGAUAACAAUAUUUUUGAAAAUCUUGACCUAAUAUUAAAUUUAAAACUGGUACAAAAUUUAAAACUUUUUAACAUGAAAUGCGCAUACUCCCAGAAGUAUGAAAUACUAAUUCGAAUAAAUUGGCUAAUUUCUAUAUAAACAAAAUGUAAUUUGUUGCUUUUUUCAUUACAGAAAAGAUAAACUGAAAGUAGAAGCUCAAAUAUGUGGCUAUUGGUGUUAUAAAUGUUCUUAUUUAAAAAUAUGAAUUAAAGAAUAAUAAAUUAACUAACUUUUAAUAUAAAAUGAUAAUAUGUAAAAUAAACAUAUUUUUCCAUAUGAAACUAAAAAAUUAGAAAUAAAAAUGUUUACUAAUCGCUUAAAUUUUAAUUCGGACAGUGUCGGCCAGUACCGAAUAGCUCUGUUCUGAAGCCUAUUAAGAUUUUAACGAUAAUAUAAAUUGUUUUGGUGAUUUUUAUUC